AUGUACGCGUUAGUAGUGUCCGUAGCGCUGGCCUGCAUACUGCAGGUCGCGCAUUCCAGCCCGGACUUUGGCAUCCAGGGCACGAUCGCCGGUGUGACGAAGAUCAACACGCGAGCCGUUCUGGCGAAGGAGUACUUUCUGCGCGUGGAUGACUACAUCAUCCCGGUCCAGAAGAGUGACAUUAGCAAGCUGCGAGAUGCCGCAGUGAUAUUGCAAGCCAUCGGACAGCAGGUGAACACGCUCGGUCCGGCCCUGAUCGAUGCGCUGACGACCGCGUCGGACAACGACAGUGGUAAUGUCGAGACAACCUUCCAACUGAUCACCAUGGCACGGAUUACGUUUGAGGAUUACAUCAACGUUGUGCUGCAGGAGCAGAUACACAACCUCGAGACGCUGCUCGGUAUAUACGUCCGCGAUCAGCUGGUGGAUGACUUCUUCCACAUUUCGAAGCGCCUGACCGCGCUGGAAGCCACCCUCGUGGUGCUGCAGAAAGCGGCACAGGAUGCACAAACCGCGGCCAACGGUGGGCCAGUGUCGGAUGCGCUCGUUCGGCAGUUCAUCAAUGCCGAUCUGGUCGCGGAGUUGACGCGCCAUCUGACAUUGCUAGCGUAUCGCAUUCCCGUACUGACGUACACGAUUACCUCGUCGCUGGAGAACAUUCAGCAGGCGGACGAGUACUACUACGGGCUGCGGCUGGAUUCGGACCGGGUGCUGGACGAGAUUGACGCAUCCGGCAAAGACUUUUACGAUAAAACGGUUGCCUACUCUACUGCCGUGGAGGAUGCCAUGAAUGCGGUGAUUUCGAACUUUGCUGGCGACCUCGAUUCGGCCACGGCGAGCGCCACCGAAUACAACGUAGCGGGUCUGACGACAGCCAUCGGUGGUCUCAAAGCGGUACAGAACACCAAACUGGCGGCCACGCUCAAAGCCUACAAGGAUCUUUACGUACCGCGCAUUCUCGAACUUUCCAAGCUGCUACCGAUCGAGUCCAACUUCUCCUUCCUUGCGGGCGAAAAUCCAGCCGCUGUGCUGGUGGACGUGCUGAUCGCCAACGGUCCAUUCUCUCGCUUCUGCUUCUGGAAGUACGCCAGCCUGCUGCAGAACAUUCUGCUCACGUCCAACUUUGCCAGCGAGUGUUACGAUCGCGAGUACAACCGGCUGCAGUCGCUGCAGCAAGCAUUACUGCUGCAGAUCGAAAUGAUCACCUUCAAUCAGGAGAUUAUUAAUCCGUAUACGAGCUCGUGCCACUUUCUGUCCUCAUCCGCAACCACACGCAUUGGACAGUGUGCGACUGACAUUGCCACUUACUUUACCGUCAUUUCGACCGAGUACGAUGCAAAGUUGGCUGCGUUCGUAAAGCUGGCCGAUAUUGAGCUGACUGCCAGCAAGCAGCGGCUGAGCGUUUGCUGGUCGUCGAAGGUGCAGCAAAUACUGGUCAAGUAUAAAACGAUUUUGCCCGAAAUUAAGAAUUGUGCUGUGAGUGGACCGCAAGUAUAG